AUGUAUCACUUCAUUUUGAUGUCACUAGUUGAAUUGUUGAAACGUAGGAAAAUAUUUUUUAUUCUCGUUGGUUUGUUUGUCCGAUGUAGCUGGACAAGCGAGAUCAAAUGUUUCGAGGAACAUCUGGACUGCCAGCAGAAGGAACAUUGUCGUCACGAUCAGCCAUCGACGCAAACUCAAUUUAACGUCGUACCAUCGAGCAAUGCACUUCUUUUGUGUACUUGGACGUGUUCCAACGACAGCCAGUGUCUGGCUUUCAAUUUUUUUUCUUCUUCAGGAACUUGUCAGAUGUACAACAACCCUUCUGAAAACUGUUUCUACGCUGCCGACAAUUGCUUCCAUAUGACAUCCACUGCUGUUAACGUGUUCUACCGCACCAUCACCAUACAUGUUGACUUCACCGUUGAAUCCUUGUAUUUCGAUGGAGUCCAACAAGACCUCACCUCGUCAAGUUCAUACAGAGUUUGCUCUGACACCAGAGUUAUUGCACUCCACGCUUCCAACUACGCAAAUGCUAAAUUUGUUGAGGUGAUUAGCGACGAUCGAUACAUCUUGACUGACACAACAUGGAAGUGCCUCCCAUCAACUCCAGCACUGGAUGGCAACAACAGAGUCUGGUACAAUCCUGACUAUGACGACGAAAGUUGGCUGCCUGCCGUCAACCAGGACCCAGCUUACAGCAACUUCGGAGCUUUGAAGAUUUGGUCAAAGGACGAUUCGAUUGCUUAUUGUCGAAAACGUUUUUGUGGUUAA